CCUGUACCCCACUUCUUCACUACUUGUCGUGUAGCUGUUACCUGACUCUGAGUGUGUGUGUGUGUGUAGGGGUUGGUGGGCAUUCAGCUCUUUUUAUUGACAUGAUCACCAAGUGCACAGGAAAGGCUGGGUUACUGAUUAUAGGUGAUGUUUGUAGUUUGUUUGUGAUAAGACUGCGACUUUAAGCACAAAGUCCUGCCAGGUACGACGGAGCGCCGGCUACUUUCAGACAUCACCGACAUCCGUCACAGGAGCUCUGCCCCGUCGCAGGACUAUCUGUGUUUUCUUUUGGGCCUCCUUUCGUCCGCCCAGAGCACGGCAGCAUCAUGAGUGUGGAGUCCAAAAAACCACGUGAUGGUUGCUGCUCAAAGCUCAAGCUCUUCCUGGUUUCUCUGUCUUUCGUAUAUUUUGCAAAAGCCUUCGGUGGAGCCUACAUGAAGAGCUCCAUCACUCAGAUCGAGAGGAGAUUCGACAUCCCCAGCUCCCUGAUUGGAGUCAUCGACGGCAGCUUCGAAAUGGGAAACCUCUUGGUCGUGGCCUUUGUGAGCUACUUUGGCGCUAAGCUCCAUCGUCCCAGGCUGAUCGCUAUUGGCUGUGUGAUCAUGGCGUUGGGAUCUUACCUCGUGACUCUGCCUCACUUCCUGCAGGGGCUGUACAAAUAUGAGACCAGUGUGACUCACAGCUCAGACAUCAACAGCACUGACACCAUCCUGCCCUGUCACUCCAACCACAGUACACAGGCAGCUCAGGAUUUACUGCCCAAAGCAGGAUGUGAAAAGGCAGCCGGUUCGUCCAUGUGGAUUUAUGUAUUCUUGGGUAACAUGCUGCGAGGAAUCGGCGAGACUCCCAUCGUGCCGUUGGGUGUCUCCUACCUGGACGAUUUCUCCAGAGAAGAGAACACGCCCUUCUAUUUGGCCUGUAUCCAUACGGUCGGGAUUUUAGGACCCAUGUUCGGAUACCUACUGGGAUCCUUCCUAGCUAAGAUCUACGUGGACGUUGGGUUCGUAGACUUGGACACCAUCGCCAUCAACCAUAAGGACUCCCGUUGGGUGGGGGCCUGGUGGCUCGGCUUCAUAGCCACUGGAACCGUGAUCUUUCUGGCCGGUAUUCCGUUCUGGUUCCUGCCCAAGUCUCUGCCCAAACAGGGCCAAGAGGAGAGUCAGAGUAAGAGCACAGAAAUUACCUCGGUGGCAGAGCAGGAGAACUUCCUCCCGGAGCAGAGCCAGGACCAGGAGGAGAAGGAGAAGCAGGUCUCAUUUCGGGAGAUGGCUAAAGACUUCGUCCCGUCUCUGAGAAGACUCUUCCGGAACAGCAUCUACACACUGAUGAUCAUCACCCACCUGGUGGCAGUAAAUGGCUUCAUCGGCCUGAUCACCUUCAAGCCCAAGUUCCUGGAGCAGAUCUACGGCCAAUCAGCCUCCAGGGCUACUUUCAUCAUCGGAAUCCUCAACCUACCGGCUGUGGCUCUGGGCAUCAUCACAGGAGGUUACAUACUGAAGCGGUUCAAGCUCGGCAUCAUCGGAGCAGCCAGGGUGGCCAUCUGUACCGCCUUGGUCUCCUUUUGUCUGCUGGCCAUGCAGAUCUUCAUGCACUGUGACAACACAGAAGUGGCUGGUCUCACCGUUUCAUAUCAGGGAGUUUCUCAUGUGUCCUACAACCAACAGACUUUGGUGUCCCAGUGCAACGUGGGCUGCACCUGCUCACUGAACCACUGGGACCCGGUGUGUGCCGAUGAUGGGAUGACUUAUGUUUCCCCCUGUCUGGCCGGCUGCCAGACCUCCACCGGCGCUGGCAAAGACAUGAUGUUCCAUAACUGCACCUGUGCAGGACAGAUGACUCCGGGCUUGAACACCUCCGUAGCUCUGGGCCAGUGCAGUAGGAGGAGUAGCUGUGACAGGCUGUUUAAAAUCUACAUGGCCAUGUCUGUGUUCGGUGCCUUUAUAUCCGGAUGUGGCGGAACACCGGGAUACAUCGUACUGCUGCGGUCUAUACAGGUGGACCUGAAGUCUCUAGCCUUGGGAAUGCAGACACUGAUCGUGAGAACCUUAGGUGGAAUCCCUCCUCCCAUUUACUUUGGAGCACUCAUUGACCGAACCUGUUUGAAGUGGGGGACGAAGCAGUGCGGAGGUCGAGGAGCGUGUCGGCUCUACGACGCCAACACCUUCAGAGUGACAUACUUGGGGCUGAUUAAUGGAUGCUACUUCCUGUCCAAUAUCCUGUGGGGCGUCCUCUAUUUCUUUAUUGUCAAGCGACAAAAGAAGUUGUCCCUGAAGAAGCAGGACAAAGAGAGUGGACCUGAGGGCAACGGUGCGGCCAAUGGACACGCCCGCAUCAGCAUCAUUAAGGACACGGAGGACACGGACAGAGAGAGCACCAUCUAGGGUGGCUCAGCAGAACAACAUGACUGUGAAGAUAAAUAAAUACUUAAAGAGCCGGUGGUGAUGACACUGCACCCAGACUGGAGCCAACGCAGCAGCAGCGGUACAGUGUCCACACUUAAAGUGACUUUUAGAUAUAUAAAUAAAUGGACUCUAUACUGUAGUCCAGUCCAGUGGUUCUCAAACUUCGAGUACCACCACUGUGCACCCAACAGUGAACAGGCCACAAGGGGGAGCCCGUGUACCAUGAGUGGUGUGCGUACCACCGUUUGAGAACCACUGCUGUGGUCCCUACAGUAUACAGCCACACUGAUGUAAGUACAGAACAGUGUGUUGUUUCAUAUGCUAUUUUUUUUGUAUUUGUUACUGACAGUGAUUUUGUCAUGGUUUUUCAUCGUGUGCAGGUUCUACUACAGAUGAACUGUAUUAUAAAAUAUUCACUGAGGUCGAGUGGGUAAACAUAAGCGAUAUAGUGAACAAGAAAAUUAAAAAACAAAUCAUCACCGAGACCGUAGACCAGGGUUUACCAAACCCAAGUCAACAGACAUUAUUCGUUAAAGCGAGACAACCCCCCCAAAAAAUCUCUUGUGACCCACUUGAGGGUUGCGACCCAGUCUUUGGGAAACAAUGCAAAGCAGAGAGACUUUAACCACUGGUCAGGUUUUGUUACAUUCAGUUGAAGGGUUAAAAAUAGACACAAGAACUCCUAACAACUCUGUCUGUCCACAGGGCUAACUUCUCACCGUGUUUUUGCACAUGCUAACCGUUAGAAAACCUGUUGUGGAUUUUAAUCAUUCUUCAAUCAUCAUAAAAAAAUUCUUCAUCUUCAGUUUCCUAGUCGACAGUAGAACUGUUUCAUCCAGGUUCUUCCAGAAGGUAUUCAGUUCUAUUAGCCACGUGCUAGGUCUCAGAUCACUUCAAGAGUGUGUACUUUAGGAUGUGUUUUCUUGCAAAACCAAAAUAUUAAAGUAUUUUUCUUUGAGCUUUAGGCUCACGUGCAGCUUGUACUACUAGUACUACAGUACAACAGUCUACCAUUAUCAGCACUGUACCUACAGUGGGGGCAGAGUGGGGCCUGACUUAUGACACACUGGUUGUUACAUCACAUCACUCAUAUCACAUGAGCAGUGAAGGUGGGGAUCGUGGACCCCGUCCAGCCUCUGGUUUGUUUGGAACGGUUUCUCAUGAACCCUGUCUCUCACCGUAGUGGUUUCAACCGUGGGGGAAAUUAUUCAAAUACUGGGAUGAAGUUGAUUAGAACAGAAAAAUAUAUAUUUUAGAGGUAAAUGUUUUAAAAAUGUCAAUAUAUUGGACUUUUUUUUGUACAUUGUUAAUUGUAAAAAAAGAAAAAAAUCAGGAAAACAU